AUGGCUCAUAAAAUACUUAAGUUUUUUCAGGAGUCUUCGUCAGAGAAGCUUCAAUUACCAAAUGAGCCGUUAGACGAAAGCAGUCUUCCUUUUCCGAUUGCCUCAAACAUAUCCCUGCAAAAAUACAAUUCUUUCGUUGAAAGCAAAGAGAUAAGCGGAUACAAGCUUGAUUAUAAAAAGGGCACCAUAUAUAUAGUUGAAAUGUGUUCGACUGAACAUGAAGCAGUUGUCGAGAUUAUUGGAGACGCCUUCCGUGAACAAUGUCCUCGUGCCAUUUAUGGCAGUCGAAAUAAUGCUCCAAUACAAAUUCGUGGGCAGCCACGUAAUGGAAUUUCUUCUCAAUUUGCUUGUUCUCUCACUUCUUAUUGUGUUCUAAUAUUAAUGUUCCUUUCCAAAGUUCAUGACGCGCCAGAUGGAACUCGCAGAGCACCAGAUCUUGCUGUUUAUCCACAUCAUACUUACGUUCCAGAUCCUCCCAUUAAGCACCCUGGUCCACCGCCCAGCGACAGAAGUGGAAACCCUUAUGCGAGGGUAAUUCUUGAAGUAGCUGUGGCUCAAAGUUCCUCUGACUUGAGGGACAAGUGUAGGCUUUGGAAACGACAGUCGUACGUACGAUCUGUUCUAGGUAUAAAACUCUACGAUGCAUUGGCUACAUACGACGCAGCAGGACGUAGAGAGCGGGCUAUGAAGGCCAUACUUUGGCGACAAGGAGUUGCAAGGCAAAAGUGGCAUUUCGGGACUGUAAAUAAAGACGGUUCUCCUAUUGGCACAACUGGAUGUAAUGCCAUGAAUAACCCAAACUACAUCAUUAAUAUCCCCGUUAUAGACAUAUUUUAUGAUCCACCAAUUGCUGCAAUUGGAUAUACACCUUUAGCUCGUCUUCUUCCAGCAUUGUUUAAUGCUUUUGUUGCAAUUGAUUUAUACGAAGUUCAGCAGGCGGUUUUAAUGA